AUGGAACAUGAUCAUGGGCAUAGAUCUAAACCUCGUGUUUUUAGCCUAUCUAAGUUUGAUGAUUGGAGAGUUCGCAUGUAUGCCCAUCUUUCAGCCAUUCAGGAUGAAAUGUGGGAUGUUAUCAUAGAUGGACCUAUCACAGUCAUGAUGGUCAACGCGAAUGCAGCUGCACAAGGAGCAGAUCCUGAACAACUGAUCCCAAAACCUAAGGAACAACUUACUACCGAAGAAAGAACUCAGGCAAACCUAGACAAUGUUGCUAGGGACAUCCUAUACAAGUCUCUUGACGAAUCCUUAUUUCCAAGAGUGAGGAAAUGCACUACGGCAUGGGACAUUUGGAACACACUGAUGGAGAUUGGUGAAGGUGAUGAACAAGAAAAGGAAAACAAGCUAACAAUGGCCAUGAAGAGGUUUGGGGACUUCAAAAUGACUCCUAAUGAAACAAUCAGCCAGAUGGAAAUUCGCUUCACGAAACUUCUUGGAGAAAUAUCUGAUUUGGGCAAAGAGCCAACCAUAAAGGAAAUCAACCUCAAGAUUCUUCGAGGUCUACCAAAGUCGUGA